AUGGACAGUCUAGACCACGGCCUGCCUGGAGACGAGUUAGAAGGCACACUAGGCAAAGGCACGGAAAGUUUGCUUCUCGGCGAUGGGGGCACGUCUCUCCGAUUCUCCAGCAUCGCCCGGCAGGCUGGUACUGCGUCCGAGAGGCUAGCAAAGCCAGGAAACCCUCGGCAGCAUUCAAUCUACGUGAGCUUUGAAGGCACCCCAUGGACUUCCACGCCGGGUUGCGGUGAAGCAGAAGAGGAGAAUGGCGGUGGAAGGGAGACGGGCGAGCUAGCCUUGGAGGGCCAGGCCCCGCACUGA